AUAUUAAAUAUCGAAAUCGAGUGAGAUGACAUUUACUUUUCGUUAUUGUGUUGUUUAGGCCAAAUAAUAAAAAUUUCAGUAGUUUUAACCGUACACCUAACAAACACUAACAAGACAUGUUCCAGUUCAACGGAUUCAAUAUGGUGUUCCCCGAUGGCCGCAUCUUUAAGGCCACCUACAAAUGUUUUUCAGUCUCAAUGCUGCCCGGAAAUGAGAGGACUGAUGUGGAAAAGGGUGGCAAGAUUAUCAUGCCACCGUCCGCUCUUGAUACACUAACUCGCUUAAGUGUGGAAUACCCAAUGCUCUUCAAGCUAAACAAUACCAAAAAGUCACGAGCCUCACAUGCUGGAGUCUUGGAGUUUGUAGCCGACGAAGGUAAAUGCUAUCUACCUUAUUGGAUGAUGGAUAAUCUGUUGCUAGAAGAGGGCGAUAUAUUGGAUAUUGAAAGUGUGUCGCUACCCGUGGCAACCUUCUCCAAAUUCCAACCACAUAGCACAGAUUUCUUGGACAUUACCAAUCCAAAGGCAGUACUAGAGAAUGCCCUGCGAAAUUUUGCUUGUCUAACAAAGGGCGAUGUUAUUGCCAUCAAGUAUAACAAAAAAGUUUAUGAAUUGUGCGUGCUAGACACACGACCAGGCAAUGCAGUAAGCAUAAUUGAAUGUGACAUGAAUGUGGAAUUCGAGGCACCCGUUGGUUACAAUGAACAACAUGCAGCCACCGGCACCAGUAGUCAAGGAGGAGAUGGUGCCCAGGGUACGAGUGCUGGCCAGGGGGAGGUUAGUGGGACUGGUCAAGGGACUGCUGGCGUUCUUGAAGAGGUGAUAGAGACUUUCCAAGGUUCCGGUGUUCGACUUGAUGGCAAAAAGAAGAAGGACAGCCAAGUCGACACUCCCGUAAUGAAAAAAGUCUUGCCGCGCGGUGUGCCAGACUAUGAAUUCCAAUUCGGAAUGUUACGAUUUGAUCGAAGCAUUAAACCCAUUAGUGAUCGUGUUCAAGAGGAGGGCGCAACCGGUGGCGGUGUUGGUUCAGCGGCUGGUUCCGAUCCGGAAAGUUUCCGUGGGACAGGAUUUUCGAUGAAGAAGACACGCAAAUAAAUAACAAACACAAAGUAAACAAAAUUAUACAUAUAUAGUUUUUAAGCGUAUGUAUUUAGAUGUAGCAUAUUAAAAGCCAGAGGCACAGGCAUAUAUAUACAUAUAA